UGGCAACCCUGCUAUGGAACUACUUCCUCUCGGUCGCAACAUGCGCCAUUGAAAAUAAACGUAGCCGAAGUUUCAGGGCAUUCAUUGUUCAAGUCCUUAUUUCUGUAAUUUGUUGGUCAGAAAAUAACAAUGGAGACGAUUUUAGAACAACAACGUCGCUACCAUGAGGAGAAGGAAAGGCUGUUGGAUGCCAAAACAAAGGAAAUGAUGCAUAAGAAAACCACAUUACGCGAACAAAUAAACUCAGACCAUCGAACAAGAGCAAUGUUGGAUAGAUACAUGGACGUGAGCUCAACUGUCAGGGAAGCAUAUGAAGACAAAGAUGGUAUGAGGAAGGAUGAACUGAACGCCAUCUCAGGACCAAAUGAGUUUGCAGAGUUCUACAACAGACUAAAACAGAUCAAGGAGUUCCACAGGAAGCAUCCUAAUGAGAUCUGUGUGCCCAUGUCUGUGGAGUUUGACGAGCUGGUCAAGGCUAGAGAGAACCCAACUGAAGAAACACAGAACAUGGUGGAGUUCAGUGAUGAGGAGGCGUACGGACGCUACCUGGAUCUCCAUGACUGCUAUCGGAAGUUCAUCAACCUGAAAGGGGCAGAGAAACUGGAGUACAUCAGCUACCUUUCCUCGUUUGACCAGUUGUUUGACGUCUCCAAGGAUAGAAAGAAUGCUGAAUACAAAAAGUACUUAGAGAUGCUCCUGGAGUACCUUCAGGACUACACAGAGAGAGUCAAACCUCUGCUGGACCAGAAUGAUCUCUACGGCAAGAUCCUGGGAGAGUUUGAGAAGAAGUGGGAGAUGGGGACCUUCCCUGGCUGGCCAAAAGAGACGAGCAGUGCUCUGACCCACGCCGGAGCUCAUUUAGACCUUUCUGCUUUCUCCUCUUGGGAGGAGUUGGCUUCCCUGGGUCUGGAUAGAUUGAAGUCUGCCCUUAUGGCCCUGGGCCUGAAAUGUGGAGGAACCCUGGAGGAGAGAGCUCAGAGGCUGUUUAGCACCAAAGGCAAAUCCUUGGAAUCUCUGGAUCCCUCCCUGUUCGCCAAGAACCCUAAGUCCAAGGGACCCAAGAAAGACACAGAGCGUAACAAAGAAGUCGCCUUCCUGGAGUCUCAGAUUUAUGAGUAUGUGGAAAUCCUGGGGGAGCAGAGGCAGCUGACCCAUGAGAACGUGCAGAGGAAGCAGGCCCGGACAGGAGAGGAGAGAGAGGAGGAAGAGGAGGAGCAGCUCAGUGAGAGUGAGAGUGAAGAUGAGGACAACGAGAUCAUCUACAACCCCAAGAACCUGCCUCUCGGCUGGGAUGGAAAGCCCAUUCCAUACUGGCUGUAUAAACUCCAUGGCCUGAACAUCAACUAUAACUGUGAGAUCUGUGGAAACUACACGUACAGAGGACCCAAGGCCUUCCAGAGGCACUUUGCAGAGUGGCGUCACGCCCAUGGCAUGCGCUGCCUGGGAAUUCCCAACACGGCUCACUUUGCCAACGUCACCCAGAUCGAGGACGCUGUCUCUCUGUGGUCAAAGCUGAAGUCACAGAAGGCAUCAGAGCGGUGGCAACCAGAUACAGAGGAGGAGUACGAGGACUCCAGUGGAAACGUGGUCAACAAGAAGACCUAUGAGGACCUGAAGAGACAGGGUCUGCUGUAGAGAGGAAACCGACCAAGACAUGACAUGUAAACCUUUCCGGAACCUUCUGAAGCGCAACGUGAUGCCCAGUGAAAAAAUGUUUUCUUUUACCUUUUCAUUUACACUUCAUCUGUUAUCUUUAACUGUAAGCUGUAAUGUUGUUUUUAUUAAUUCCUCCCUUUGACAACCAUUUUGAAAUGAAACAGCCAUUGAUUCUAAUAAUAAAUGAGUACUAUUUGUCA